UCCAGUUCCCUGCGUAGUCAUAUUCUUUGUCUGCAAAACGCCCGAUUGGGGUCAAACACGCAGUUUCCAUAACAUGCCCACACUGGAGUGUUUGUGCAACACAGAGGCCAUCAGGUGGAGGGUGAAGAGGAGGCACGGAGCCAACGUGCAGCAGGAAACAUCAUCCAGACCUUUGUUGGAGGCACGAGGCCAGACGGAGGCUGGGUUUCAUCAGCAGUUCGGUUUCCAGCUCAUUAUUCACCAGCCCGACUCUCACCUGUCUCCACACGACUCAUUUCAACGUACAGCCCACUUUGGAUAAGGAUCGAAACCAGAACCUGGAUCCUGCGUCAUGAUGUCAGCAGCGGUGUCGUCAUGUUCCCCCUUAAACGCGCAGCUUUGUAAAACGCAGACUAAGUGAUACGCGCCGCGGCGACAAUACUGUUGCGCAACACGCGCUGCGCGCCGCGGGUCGGCGGGAGGUCGCGUUCAUCCGCUUGUGAGAAAAAUAAGGAGGGAGGGAGCGGCGCGAGGAGAGAUGGAGCGGUCGGAGGGGGCGUGCGUCUCCUCACUGCCUCACGGCUCGCGCGCAGGCACAAGGCUGCGAACGCUCCGCGCCUCCACCGCCGCUCCGGCAGCAGCAUCCUGCGGCUAAACGCCCGAGAGCCGCGGCGGCGCGUCACCCGCGUCCCGUCCACGCAGAUCCUGCCGCAGAGGACGCCAUCGGACGGAGCCGCGCGCAUCUGCAGUAAACCCAGGAGCUGACCUGCCCAGAACCGUCCAAAUCCACGCACCAGCACAACGCUUGUCUGCAUAUGGUUCGUUGGUAAAUGAGCGACGAUGGUCUGACGGAGGCGGCGCUGCUCGUCGUUAGAGGCCGACCAUGGCUCCGCUGUCCCUUCGGCUCCUCGUCCUCCUUCUCUCCAUCAUUCAUGCGUCUGAUUCCCAGACCGUCAUCGGCGCCUCCUCCUCCUUCUCCCGUCUGGACCUGCCUUUAAAUUCUCCAUCUCCAGCCACCAAGUACACUGCUCGCCUCUGGGCCUCUUUGUCCCCCAGAGGACGCAGCGAUGUUCCCGUCAAACCCACAGAUGGAGGCCAGGCGGCAGCGCCCAACGCAGCGCAGCAGGAGCGGAGGGCGCCCCAUCCGUCCCCGACGUUCACGUCGGCCCUGGCUGCUCAGAACCUCAGCUACAGGCCACGUUCCAUUCAGCCCACAGCCUCCAGGCCCAGGACUGACACGGCUAGUUUAGCCUCCAUCAGGUCCCUGGGGAAAGGGGACGCUGCCACCAAGGGCUUCAUCCGCCUUCUGCCCACCGUGUCCCCCUCCGUUACUGCUACAGGGGAGAAAUCAGUCAAAGAGGCCGAGGACGAGGACCCGCAGGGGCUGGGAUCAGCCAGCGGCCCAACGCUGCCGCUACAGGAGGAAUCAGCUGAAGAAACGGCACCGUAUCGGCCUCGGGCUCAGACUGUGGUCCCUAAGGUUUCAGCUACACCAGAGCUCCCUCUUCAGUCAGUGAAGCCUGACCUUUAUGUGCUGACAGCAGCCAGCAAAACCUCUACAACACCUCGGAGUGGGGUGAGAGGAACCGCUUCCCCCGCGGCCACGCAAGCAACACCUCCAACUGAGGCAUUACCAGGUGAACUGACCACAAACGCCUCCAAGCCGGACUCCGCGGCUGCAGCCGCGCCUCGAGACCAGACCACGGAUCCUGGUUCUAACGAUACGCGGCCGCAGACGUCAGAGGUGGCGGCGCGAGGGCGAGGCCGGAACCGUUCACAUGUGGCGACCACAUCUGCGGCGCAGGAGCUCGGUGGAGCCUCCUCUGACGCCACAGAUCAGCUCAACAGAACAGCAGCGCUGGGACGGAGAACCGCCAACGGAACCAUGCAGCAAACGCCGAGAACAGGGAUCUCCUUUCUCACCACCGGCGUUGUACCUGUCACUCGAAGGCUGGGCUCCACGUACGAGGCUGACAUCAGUCAGAGGAACCGUUCCGUCCUGUCAGGGCAUCCUCGCAUGGCCCCCCACUCCACCUCGGGCCCGGGGGCGGGUCCGGAGGCGGGUCCGGAGGCGGCUCCCAGCGCAGACCCCUCCCCUAACGCCACGCUGCUCUACUGGGGCGACCUGAGCCGGACUCUGGCCGUGGCCUGGGAGCUGCACGUCUACGGCUCCGCGACGCUCUUCCUGCUCAUCUUUGCCGGAGCCGCUCUGGGCCUGACGCUGUCCCCCGGCGCCAGCUGUCCUCAGCGGGGGGCCCUGGCGCUGGCCAACGCGCUGCUGUUUGCAGCUGGAGGCCUCAGGGGCGCUCUCUUGUUGAUGGACCCGUACGGCACGAGGAGGUUCCUCCCUCGCCCUGCAGUCACGGCCCUCUACAACCUCCCCCUGCACCUGCUGGUGUGGGCGCAGGCCGCCCUGGCGCUGCUGGCUGUGAGGGUGUCAGGAGUGGGCGUGCUGCCUGCAGCCGUGGAGCGCCCGCCCCUGCUGGCGGUGCUGGCUGUGCUGCAGUGCACCCUGCUGCUGGCGGCCGACCUGCUCUCCCCAGCUCUGUCCCCGCUGGUCCCCGUCACCCUGCAGGUUCUGUCUCUGUGCUGGGGACUGGCCCUCUGCCUCAGCUUCCUCUGCUAUGUGUUCCCACGUAUCCGCCGCCCUCCCAUUCCCCGUCCUGUGGUUCCUGAGGAGGCCAGGGCCAAGGACGGGUCGGGGAGCAGGAGGACAGGCAUUGUUCUGGGGCGGGUUCUGGCAGCGUGUGCGGUUCUGGGGACCCUUUGCUGCGGGCUGCAUGUUCAUGCUACGUUGUGGCUCUAUGGGUUACUAGGGUCCUGGACCCGCUUUAACUGGGGGUGGUGGCUGGUUCACUUCUGGGCCCGGCUCCUAGAACUAGCCUGGGGGUUCUCCCUCCUGUUCCUGGGCUCCUGGGUGUUCUGGAGGCCUCGGAGUUGCCGGGGAAGAGAAGAAGGCGGACCAGAGGGCAGAGCGGCGGGGGACCUGCCGUCCCCGGGCCAGUCCGCAGGUUCUACUCCAAGACAUACAUGCUGGUCCAAGAUCGUGCAGAGCCUGAGGGGGAAGCCUUGCAGGAAGUCCGACAGUAACGGGGUGGGAGGGGGAGGAGGACCAGGAGACGUGCCCAACAACUGGACUGGCCACGAGCGCCCUGGAGCGGACAUUAGCAAAAGUCUGAUCCGGAACCAGAACCACGAGCAGGUCGCGCUGCAGUCACGCUGCAUCAAAGACAACAACCGGGGACGGAACCCCCGGGGCCACUCUGCAGAGCGGGCCGUGUCCGACGGCUCCGCCGGCUCCCUGCUGAGGCUGCAGGCGCUGGGUCGGCCUCCUCCCUCCCAGAGCGGCGGCCUGGACCAGGACAGGGACACGUCCUUGUCUCUAUACGAGUUCGACCUGCGGCCCCCUUCCCCCAUCGACCUGACCCGCAGCAUCGACGAGGCCCUUCACAGGGAACACCUGCUGGAAGGAGGCAGCCUGUUCCACCCUCUGAGCCAGAGCCUGCAGCCUCCGUCCCCGGGCUCAGGGGGCAGCCGGGGGCCCUGGCUCCGCAGGAACAGUGAUCCUCAGCUGCUGUCAGAGAGCAGCGAUGCCCCCACAGAGUCCUCCAUGCCACUGGGUGGGAGCGUACUGAGCAGCGUGCCCAGCAGGCAGGUGACUGCCCCCCCGACGCCCUCCCAUCAGGGGCACCGCUGGCCCGGCAGCGCGACGGGAAGCGUCCCCUCCUCCGUCUCCUGUCCGGUGUCGCUGCGUCCGUCCAGAACGUCCACGGGGCACCUGGGGGAGGAAGUGGUGGAUGACACACGGCCUUUCAUCACCCCGGACUCAGAGAGGGGGAGGGCGAAGGCCCGGAGGCCGGUGGGGUCGCGGAGUUACCUGGAGGUCGGCCGCCACGAUGACUCUGCUAGCGUCAGCAGCGAGAUCAUUGACCUGUGAAGCCACGCUCCAACACGAGGACGGCGGCACAAGACCUCAAAAGCAGAGGAACAAGUUCAGCAAAUGAAGCGACUUUAAAUGAGAUAUUUUUACACUAACAAACAGGUGAUGAACUAUGUGGACUGCGUUUGUGGAACAGACAUGUUCCAGCUUUUACUCUGGGAGUGAACUGAGGACCGGCACACUGACGACUCUCAUUCUCACAUACAUCACCUCCUUCGCUUCGCUCUCAAACACACACCAGUGUAACUGUAGACCCCACUCACAUCCAAGUCUUACAACAGCUUCUACAGCCAGGUCCAGUAUCUGCUUCAUUUAAAACAUUUAUGACUAAUGCGUUAUUUUUCCCAGAAUCCAUCCACAUGUUUGUAUCAGGAGUUCAGCAUCAGUCAGCGUUUGAGCGGAAGGUCUGUGGUUCAUGUGCCGUCUUCCACAUUUAAUUGCUUUGUGGUGUAAAGUUGUGCCAUACGCGACGGUUUGAACUCUAUAGCACCUUGGAAGCAUCACAGUGGCUCAGCUUUAAACCCCAUGCCUACGUGCUGCUGCUGCUCCAGUCUGCUUGGACGUUACCGUGACAACGGGCGCAUGCUUGGUGACACUGACUCAGGCUUUAGGCGCUUUGCUCAUGACGCACUCACCUCGUAGGACGAAGCUUCUGCAACAGUUUACAGUAAAAGGCUUCAGCUGCAUCUUUACAGAACCUGACGGAGAACAUUAGACAUAAUCAGCUGCAGCGAGUCGAGUAAAAGCUCAUAAUCUCUUAUCUAAUCAAGUGCACCUCGGUUUGUAUUCGCUUGGCAUGAGCCUCUGAACGCUGCAGGACGUAACCAGUAACGGAGCACUUCACUCUAAGCCAGAGCGCUGGACUGAGCUAUUUUACUGCUCAAUAUGUAAAUAUUGUGAUUUUUGAUGUUCAUAAUCAAAGUGUGAAAUAGUUGUAGACGUUACUGUGAAGACAAUCCUGAGCGGUGUGCGUCCACGUCGAGCCGCGGGCCGGGUUCUGUCAGUCUGACAGCUGAGCUUCAGUCGAGGACUUUCUGGGCUCAGACGCGUGAGCCUGUCAGUAGUUUGGCAUCCUCAUCCUCGUUUCCCGUCUUCCUUUUCUUUGGUACUUCUCCCACAGACUGAUUGUCGUGCUGGUUUGCUGUUGUGCGUUGAUAAGACGACUGUGGUGGUUGUGGUGAGAGCUGGUUUCUAGCUGUAGCGCCUCCCAGUGGUGUGACAUGCUCCACUCGUCCAGUAUUUACAGUGCAAAGGCCUCCACAUUCCACUGACCCUCCAUCCAUCUCCUGUAGAACUGACCCCAGAGCAGUACGUGACAUUAAGAUGCGUCAGAAUGAGCCUGUCAACCUGUAGCCUCAGUUCAAAAGUACAGUGUUAGACAAUUGUUCUUGUAUUUCUUGCAGCAUUUUUGUGUCUGACUUAAAAUAAAAACGACAAAACUACAAAUCUA